ACUGCCCGGGAUGAAACACCUCCCCCAACUCCCCCCCCUCCCUUGCUCCUUUGAAACAGGAAAUCGCCUGACUCAGAAAAGGGAAAACAAAAAAGAAAAAAGAAAAAAAAAGAAACAGAAAAGUUUGCGGUGGUGGCGGCGGCGGCAGCAGGCAACACACCCUUUCCCGAGAUAUCCCAGCCUGCUCCUCCCUGGUCAGGACAGUUCGCAGAGGUGGAAAAAGAAAGGCAGGGCGGCUGCUGUUGCUGCCUCUAACAAGCCCUCUGGCCCGGAUCUGUCUGUAUUAGAUCUGUGGGCGCUGCUGCUCUUUCCAAUUUCAUCCUCCAGUUUCCGGGCGAAUCUCUAGCUCGGAUCUACAGGGAACAGGCGACGAUACCUCCAUCUCCUUGUGAGUGGGACUGGGAGCACAGCUGUAAUUCAAGCUCAAGACACAUCACAGCAAAUAGACUGAGACUAUUUAAACGAAGCCUUCGUCACCAGGUACUUGUUAACAGAUCCAGAAGGCCCCAGGCAUGGAAGAGUUGGUAUGGGAACAGUACACAGUGACCUUACAAAAGGACUCAAAGCGAGGAUUUGGGAUUGCGGUUUCUGGUGGCAGAGAUAACCCUCACUUUGAAAAUGGUGAAACAUCCAUAGUCGUCUCAGAUGUCCUUGCAGGUGGCCCUGCGGAUGGAUUGCUUCAAGAAAAUGACAGAGUGGUUAUGGUUAAUGGUACACCCAUGGAAAAUGUGCCCCAUUCUUUUGCUGUUCAGCAGCUAAGGAAAAGUGGGAAAGUGGCUAUCAUUGUAGUGAAACGACCCCAUAAAGUGCAGCUGCCAGCUGUUAGAAGAAGCCCCUCUCUUGACUAUGACUAUCGAACCUUUGAUGUAAUGGAUGACCGUGCAGAAUUUGAUGGUAGAAGUGCUCGAAGUGGCUACAGUGAAAGAAGUUGGCAUAGUGGAAAUGGAGGCCGUAGCCAAAGCUGGGGAACCAGCCUUGACAGAGGGUACAGAAACGACCAGGAUAGGGGACGUAACCACAGCAGAGAUCGCAGUUACAGCCGAGAUCGAAGUCGGGGCCGGAGCAUGGAUAGAGAGAGAAGCUUGGACCGUGAAUACCAAAGACCCCGAAGCAGAGGGAGGAGCGUUGACAGAGAUGAUGUGUACGACCGUAGUUAUGGUGGCGAUAGGAGUCCACCAAGAGAUUAUGGUUGGAGAUCUCGCCCUGAUUCUCAGUACGAGAAGCAAGUGAAGAGUGGUAGCAGAGACAGGCUUAAUUCCCGCAGCCCUUCCCUUGAAUUGCAACAGCAGUAUGACUAUGGAGUGCAGCAGGGCCCAAAUGGGCCAGUUCAUGUUCUCCUCACAAAAGGCAGACCAAAUGAAGAAUAUGGACUUCGGCUUGGAAGUCAGAUUUUCAUCAAAGAAAUGACCAAUACUGGGCUGGCGACAAAAGAUGGCAAUUUGCAUGAAGGGGACAUAAUUCUAAAAAUCAACGGUACAGUGACGGAGAAUAUGUCCUUAUCUGAUGCCAGAAAACUGAUAGAGAAAUCAAGAGGAAAACUCCAACUGGUUGUCAUGAGGGACAAAAAACAAACCUUGAUCAACAUUCCUUCCAUGCAUGACAGCGAGUCAGAAAUAGAAGAUAUUUCAGAAAUUGAAUCAAAUCGCUCUUGCUCCCCUCAGGAUGAGAGAAGACUGCAACAUUCUGAUUUAGACUCUCAUUCUUCUAAUGAAAAGCUCAAGGAAAAAUCAAGUGCAAAAGAAGAUCCAGCCAACAGACUGUCCAAAAUGGGAGCAAUGCCCACUCCGUUUAGAUCAACUGGUGACCUCACUGCUGCUUUAAACCCGGAGACAAACAUGGAAUCAAAGUACAAAGGUGAAGCUCCAGUUGCCCAACCAAAACCAGCUCCAAGAACAUUUCUUCAGCCCAGUCCUGAAGAUCUGGCAAUAUAUGGUCCUGGCACAAAAAUGGUAAAGUUCCAGAAAGGAGAAAGUGUGGGUAUCCGACUGGCUGGUGGGAAUGAUGUGGGAAUAUUUGUUGCUGGAAUUCAAGAAGGCACCUCAGCAGAACAGGAAGGUCUACAAGAGGGAGAUCAAAUUCUUAAGGUAAAUAGUCAAGACUUCAGAGGUAUCGUUCGAGAAGAUGCUGUUCUGUACCUCUUGGAAAUUCCCAAAGGCGACGCUGUGACCAUUCUGGCACAGAGCAAAUAUGAUGUCUAUCGAGACAUCAUGGCCUGUGGCAGAGGGGAUUCGUUCUUUAUAAGGACCCAUUUUGAGUGUGAGAAGGAAACACCACAGAGCUUAGCAAUCACCAGAGGAGAAGUCUUCAGAGUAGUUGAUACUCUGUAUGAUGGAAAAAUAGGUCACUGGCUGGCUGUGAGGAUUGAGAGUGAAUUGGAAAAGGGUCUGAUACCAAAUAAAAGCAGGGCAGAACAGAUGGCCAGUGUUCAAAAUGCUCAGAGAGAUGGCUCCAGUGAUAGGGCAGACUUCUGGCGAUUGCGUGGUCAACGGUCUGGAAUGAAAAAGAAUCUAAAGAAGAGUCGUGAAGAUUUGACAGCAAUUGCAUCUGUUGGCACUAAAUUUCCAGCCUAUGAGCGCGUUAUGCUCCGGGAGGCUGGUUUUAGGAGGCCUGUGGUGAUAUUUGGUCCCAUUGCAGACAUAGCAAUGGAGAAGUUGUGCAAUGACUUGCCUGAGCUAUAUCAAGCUGCCAAAACAGAACCUAAAGAUGCAGGUUCAGAGAGGCCCACUGGUGUAGUGCGUUUGAAUACUGUGAGGCAAAUAAUUGAGCAGGAUAAACACGCUUUGUUAGAUGUGACUCCUAAAGCUGUGGAUCUGCUAAACUACACUCAGUGGUUCCCAAUUGUAAUUUUCUUCAACCCAGACAGUAGACAGGGUGUGAAAAUCAUGAGGCAACGGUUAAUUCCCACAUCCAACAAGAGCUCACGCAAGCUUUAUGAUCAAGCAAAUAAGCUGAAGAAGACUUGUUUCCAUCUUUUUACGGCUACCAUCAAUCUAAAUUCAGCCAAUGACGGCUGGUAUGGCAGUCUCAAAGACACUAUUGAGCAGCAGCAAGGUGAAGCAGUGUGGGUGUCAGAAGGAAAGCUGGAAGGAAUGGACGAUGAUAUUGAAGAUCGUAUGUCAUACUUAACAGCUAUGGGUGCUGAUUAUCUGAGCUGUGACAGCCGCCUGAUCAGUGACAUGGAAGAUACAGAUGGGGAAGGUGGGGCAUAUACAGACAAUGAGCUUGAUGAACCAUCCACUGAGCCAAGGAUCUCUUCCAUUAGUCGGUCCUCUGAACCUGUACAGCAUGAGGAGAGUUUAAGGAAGCUCAGUCCUGAACCGAAAAUUCAGAUGAGAAGAGCUGGUAGUAGAGAAGUUCUGAGAGACCCCAGUCCACCUCCAGCAUUCAAGCCUGAGCCACCUAAGGGUAAAAUGCAAAAUAAAGAAGAUUCAUAUGAUGUCCCUAAGAAUUACGAACCCAGAAGCAACAGUCCCAAUGCUGCUAGCAGUGACACAGCUGGAGCACUUGCUAAAGUAGCUCCUCCCCCUAUAGCCAUCAAACCAACUUUUGGGCGCCCUAUAUUGAAAUCCUCUCAGCCAGCUGUUCCACCAACUGAAGUGGAGGAGAAAACUGAGGAAGCUGCAGAUCAACAAGAGAACACGCCGAAAUCUGUGUUGGGGAAAGUUAAAAUAUUUGAGAAAAUGGACCACAAGGCAAAGCUUCAAAGGAUGCAAGAGCUGCAAGAAGCACAAAACGCCAGGGUGGAAAUAGCUCAAAGACACCCAGACAUUUAUGCUGUCCCAAUCAAAAAUCAAAAGCCCGAGCAGAACUGGGCCCAAACUGCAAGUUCCAGACCUCCAGAGCCUCAGAAACCACCUGCUAGACCUUACCUACUAGAGAAACAAGGAAGUUACGGCAGUGAUGCAGAGGAGGAAGAAUAUCGGCGGCAGUUAGCUGACCAUUCUAAACGUGGAUAUUAUGGACAACCAUCUAGAUACAGGGAUACAGAAUUAUAGAUUUACUGGCAGUCAGAGCCAUUGUUCUGAAACACAUUUGUUCAGCCAAACUGAAACCCUGGUUAGUUUCAAAUGGCAUGUGCAUCUUUGGGGUUACUGAUGAACUUAAGAUGUAUCAACACACUGGAAUGGCAGGACAUAACUUGAUGUAUGUAUUGGAGAGAAGGAAUCACUGUUGCCUAUUUCAUAAAAGGACCAAAAAUCUAUUUUAAGAAUUUAUAUUAAUUUCUGGCGCAUCUGAUUUUUUUUUAACACUUUCUCUUCUUCAUUAAAAUUGCCUUUUUAACUUGUGUGACACAAUGGAAGCUUGAUGAAAAACACAGCCCUCUAAUGCAAGGAAAACAAAACAAGUGCCUUUCUAAUGAAAAGUGUCUUCAGUUGUUCUCCAACAUCUGAUGCUUGUGCAAAGCCAUAAUGUUUCUGUUGCCUAACUUUUGUAUGUUUCAUGACUACCUGUUUCCCUUGGAUGUUAUUUUUCUAUAUUAAAUAGUUCUGUAUACUUUUUUCAUAAAUAAUUAUUGUACACAUGAAAAGGUUACUUUAUAAGCGGCAAGACUGGGGAGCAUCAAGACUGAGAAAAUUAUGUAGAAAUAAGAUUUGUCUUAAACCUUUACAUGAGUCAUGAAACAAUAAAGAGCUAUAUUCUACCAAAAA